AUGUUUUUGGAAUUAGUACAUUUUGAAACUUUGGCAUAUUUCUUGGCUGAGUUCUUGAAGGUUUCACAGGCGUCAAAUGGAGAAGACAGUGUGGCUGUUGCAAUCCAAGGUUUGAUCAAGAAUUUGAGCAACACUACUCAACCUAAGCCCAAAAUAUUCAAAGUGGAUGAUCGCUUGCGCAAGGUGAAUGCAAACGACUAUGAGCCGAGGAUCGUGGCUCUCGGCCCCAUCCAUCGAGGGAAACCUCAUCUCGAGGCGAUGGAGCAGCACAAGCUGAGGUAUCUGCAGCAACUUCUGCGGAGAAGAGAUGAUCUCACCAUAGCAAAACAGGUCCAAAAAGUGAGUGAAAAAACAGAGAUGGCCCUCCAAUGCUACUCAACACCUCUAAAUGUCGAUGCAGAUGAGUUUGUGAGAAUGCUGCUUCUUGAUGGCUGCUUCCUCAUCGAGCUCGUGAGAAGGCACGUGCAGGUCUCUGAGGCCUCGACAGAGAAAGACCCCGUCUUCGAGCCCACGACACUCAGCCAGAUCACACAUGACCUGAUGCUGUUUGAGAACCAGCUCCCUUUCUCCUUGAACCACCUCUUCAACAUGAUCAAAACAGAGCAUCUCUGUUUUCAACUCAAACUCUUUACACAGUCUGAAAACAACCUCCUCACUUUCAAGGCCGGAGUCCUCAAAUUCCCACCUCUGCAAGUCUCAGGUAAGACAGAGUCCCUGCUGAGGAACUUGAUGGCCUACGAGCAGCUCUGCCUCGAUGAUGAUCACCCCAAACACGUGACAGACUACGUGUUCUUCAUGAACUGCCUCAUCAGAUCAACGGAAGACAUUGAGAUACUGCGACGCAGUGGGAGUGAUUCCUCUCGACCCGUGCAGAUGUUGUCGUCCCCUCCUAGGAAGUUACUAAUGAUCCCACUGCGUCGCAGUAUCUCAAUGUCUUUCGUUGAUCUGAUGAGAGGUGGGAAUUUGAGGACUCUGGCUUUGAAAGUGAGGAGGUUUUGUUUAGACCGUCUGAGGCGAAUGCCGGCCUCCUUCAGCUCCGAUGCAGAAUUCUUGAAGAUGACAGAGGAGAGAGACAGUGUUGUUGUUAGGAUUGAAAACUUGCUUCAUCAAUUGUCUACUUCUCUCACUCCCUCAAAGCCUAUCAUAGCCAAAGUAGAUCAACACCUAAGGCAAGUAAAUGAAAAGGAUUUUGAACCCGAAUUAGUCUCCAUAGGCCCAAUCCAUCGUGGGAAAGAUCGCGUUAAGGCCAUGGAGCAACACAAAUUGAGGUAUCUAAGAAAGAUGUUGGGAAGAAGAGAUGAGUUGAGUGUUGAGAAAUGUGUGUUGGAAGUGAGGAGCAUGGAGGAAAAGGCUCGCCUUUACUACGCGAAAUCAAUCAGUCUUGAUCAAGAUGAGUUCGUGGAGAUGUUGCUUCUUGAUGGGUGCUUUGUGAUUGAGCUGCUGAGAAGCUAUUGGUUUAGUGAUUUGAGAGACAUGAGUGAUCAAAUAUUUCAAUUUAAUCACAUGUUAGUCCAAAUAAGGCAUGAUCUUCUGUUGUUAGAGAACCAGCUCCCUUUCUUCGUGUUGAAUGAGCUUUUCGACAUGACAAGGAUGGAACAUCCAGACGAUAACAUACACCAUCUCCUCCUCUUUCUAGCCGGAGACGUGUUCCCAUGGCCGGAUUCCUCAAUGCUCAACUCGAGUUCAGAUAUGUUGCACAGUGCUGAGCAUCUAUUAGGCCUAGUGUAUGAUUCUUUCAUCCCAUUCUCAUUCUCAGCCAAGUGCUUCACUGAAAACAACGGCUGCAACACGGUGCACCACACGUGCUCUGCCUCGGAGAUGGAGGAGGCCGGGAUUAGGCUAAAAGGGUCGAAAGGGAUGAGUCUAAGGGAUAUCAGUUUUGCCAAAGGAGUCAUAAAACUCCCACCAUUAUGCAUAUCAGAUAAAACUGAGUCCAUGUUGAGGAACUUGAUCGCGUACGAGCUCUGCUUCUUCCCUGAUGAUCAUCCGAGGUAUGUGACGGAUUACUUGUUUUUCAUAAAUUGUUUCAUCAGAUCCACCAAAGAUGUUGAGAUACUACGACGAAGUGGGGUCAUCAGCAACUUCCUAGGCAGUGAUGAGAUGAUCUGCAGCAUGUUCAACAGAUUGGGGAAGAAUGUUGUGGUUUCAUCAUUGGAUUUUUGCUACUCGAAUGUGUUUGAGAGUUUGAACAGAUGUAAACGGCUUCGACGUGGGAGAUGGAUGGCAAGAAUGAGGAGGAAUUACUUGAAGUAUCAGCUGCUGUGCUUCUCAUACUAACCUUUUUUUCAUACAGUUGUUUCUAUGCUUUCUUACAAGAAAUGGUAACUCUUUUAUGCAAAGUAAACAUGUUGUGUGUUGUAGCUUGCAAGUUUAUCUUAAUAAGUAAUGAAUAUUGGCUUUCUUAA